AUAUACAAUCAAAAAAUGGACGUCAAAUUCAAUACCAAUAGACACCAAUCGGAUAUCCGAUACACUACUAGUUUUCGUGUAAAAAAGUGGGCACUGUUUACGUUUUGUGCCAUCAGUAUCAUUGCAGCGGUCAUUAUGGCUGGCGUUACAUCGCUUCUGGUGAACGCCUAUUACGAAAACAAUGACGCCUUUAAUAGACUAUCCCAGGAGGACAGGGCUACUGUUAAGACAUUUACGAUUUCAAUCAUUUAUGUGGCACUGGCAUUGGCCAUACUGUUCGAUCUAUUAGGACUGAUGGGCGCCUAUAAGGAGCACUUUUGUAUGACAACCACUUACGCUGUACUGAUGACACUGGGCUCUCUCGGCUCCAUUGAUCAGGCCGUCCGCAAUCCAUACUAUUCGUUCAAUACGGUCAUCAACUUUGUAGUGGCCGUACUGGCCAUUGCUUUUGCCUACGAUCUCUAUAGGCGCCGACAAAAUCUAUUUUCCGGACCAGUGGUAAUCCAGACUAGCGGCGGUGCGCCGGUCAGCUAUGUACUGCCAACGCCAACCGGCGGCGCCAACGUUACUGUUGCCACUGCUGCCGAACAGCCGGUGCAAACCGAAAAAGAUGGCAAACAAUAUGAUGCCGUACCUCAAGAUGAUAUGGCUGAGCCCAUCGAUACCAAGGUUGUCCCAUCUGAGGUGUAGCCACAUUGUGUGUGUGUAUGUGUGAGGG